AUGGCCGGCACUGCUCAGAGCGCCGUGGACUCGCUGCUGGGCCGCCUCUCGUCGGUGCUCCUGGAGGAGGCGCAGCUGCUGCGCGGCGUCCGGGGCGACGUGGAGUUCAUCAAGGACGAGAUGGAGAGCAUGAACGGCUUCCUCCUCGACGUGGCCGCCGCCGAGCGCCCCAACCACCAGGUCCGGGCGUGGGACAAGCAGGUCAAGGAGCUCGCCUACGACUCCCAGAACUGCAUCGACGGCUACGUGCAGUGCCUCGCUGACACCCCAGGGGCCGGUGGCGCCGGCGUCCUGGCCACCCUCCGCCGUGCCCCGCUGCUGCUGCGCACCAUGCCGGCCAGGCACCGCAUUGCGAUGCGGAUCAGGGAGCUCAAGGCCCGGGCGCGUGACCUGGGCGAGAGGCCGAGAGGCGGCUCAGGAGGAACAAGACGACGCACGGAGGCGAGCUCUAGCGAACGCCACCGACUUCUUGAACGACGACGUCCGGGAGGUGAUCGGCUGGCUGACCAAGCAGCUACCCCGUGGCCAUCCGCAACGGCGCUCAGAGUCAUCGCCAUUGUACGAAGGCAAUACCAGGAAGACGAGUACCCACUCGCAAGGAAGUUGUACGAGCAUCCGUCCGUGUCGAGCAGCUUCAAUCUCAAGGCCUGGAUCAAUGGCGUCGAGAAGUACACGCCGCGCAAGGCGACGCUCCAGUGCAUACUGGAGCAGCUACCCCCACUUGCUGGGGAUCAUUCAGAAAAGCCGGAGCCGGAGGGCGUACCAAUGGGCGGCGACAUGGAUGAGGAGGAGAAGUUGGUGAAGAAGCUCAAGGAUCAUCUCAAGGGCAAAAGGUUCUUGAUUGUCGCCGCUAACGAUCCGGACGGGUCGAUAAGGACAGAGAUAGAAUCUGCUGCUUGUCAUUUCUCUGCCGAUGGCAAUGGCGACUCCCUUUCAGCUGGAAGUGCCAUCAUUGUGACAACAUGGAUCCCACCUCGUGCAUCUGUUCCCUACAAGGUCAAGAACUAUCUGCACAUCGACACCCUUUUCCAUGAGAAAGCCGUCGCGCUGGUCGGUGACCGUUGCGACGGCGACCUGCAGGAGAUCAUAAGAAAAAUUCUGAUGAAGCGCGGCGGGAAUUUCUUUUCCAUGGAGAUGUUCCUUCGUGCCCUGUAUGUCAAUCCCAACAGAACCAGGGAAGAACCGCAGCAUCUGCUGGACAACCUGACAUUUGGGAGCAUCAUUGCUACACAUAUGAUACAAUUCUGCUACAACGACCUACCCAGCCAUUACAAGAGCUGCUUGUUGUAUCUGUCCAUUCUCUUUGAGAGGAUGUCUCUGCAGUCCAGCUCUCCCCAGGAUUUCAGAGUCAAGAGGACAAGCAUAGUCAGGCGAUGGGCUGCUGAAAACCUCAUCACCAAAAGAGAUGGGCUGGUUGCAACAGAUGAAGCUGAGCGCUGUUUCAAUGCACUUGUGGUUCUUGGUCUGGUUUGUCCUGUCGACAUUGGCGCUGCUGGCAAAGUGAAGAGCUGCACGGUGCAUCAUCGUGUUCUAUCAUUCAUUACCAAGAUGGCCAGAGAUGAGGGCUUGGUUGACACAGACCUGCCACCUGACUUGGCUUGCCGCCUUUCCAUCCGCAAUGGAAUCAGGCUGCAACACCUCCAACUCCUUAAGAAGAAGAAGAAGAUCAAGAAUGUAAAGGGUGCUCAACAAUCCACCACCUGCUGGAACACGCGCAAGCCUCCCAUUCCAGCAGAUUCAGAGGAUUCUAAAUGUUCCGCGGACAUGGAUUACACAGAAGUAUUUCUCGAGUCGCUGCCAACAUUUUCUCCAUUAGGAUUGGUGGAAGUGCUGGACCUAGAAGGAUUCAAAGGCUUGAAGAAACACCACAUCCAAGACAUCUGCGACAAGGUAUUUCAGCUCAAGUAUCUGAGUAUAAGGAACACGGGUGUAACCGAGCUCCCAAAGGACAUUGAGAAGCUCAGGUACUUAGAGACGCUUGACAUCAGGCAAACCAAGAUACGGACAUUGACCGCAAAAGCCAUCGUGCUACCGAAGCUAAUGCAUCUGCUCGCCGGCCACAUUGAAGAUCAACAAACAAAGGAUGAUUCCAUCAGAUCAGGCAGAUCAUUUUCCACUGUGCAUAUGCCUCGUGGAAUUGGGAGCAUGACAGAUUUGCAGAUUUUGUGCCAUGUUGAAGUUUCCAACAGUGCUGACGAGUUGAUGGAUGUUGGACGGCUGCAGCAACUAAGAAAACUGGGUGUAGUUCUCCGUGGCAAGGAAGCCCGUCUCGGUCAUUUUCUACGGGUAAUUGAGAGGCUGAAUGAAUGUCUCUGCUCUUUGUCAGUCCGAAUUGAGCUCACUGACAGCAGUGAGACUCCUGACCUGAACAUGGUGAAGACAGCAUUUUCACCCCCCAAAUCUCUUGAGAGCCUCAGCAUCAAUGGCAACAUAACUGGGCUGCCUAAUUGGAUUAAGGAGCUUCGCCAACUUGUCAAGAUAACUCUAUGUGGCACCUCCUUGAUGGACAAUGCCAUACGGAUUCUUGGUGAGCUCGUUAACUUGCGCUGUCUCAGGCUUUGGCACAAGUCAUACAUAGAAAUGAGGCUCGCCCUCAAGGAUGAAGAGUUCCAAAAUCUCAAGUAUCUUAUUGUUGAGGUCUCUGACAUCACCACCAUCCACUUUGGGAAUGGAGCUGCUCCUAAGCUCGAGAAGAUAGUUUGGGCUUUCACGGAAAUGGUAUCUCUUUCUGGACUCAAAGGCCUUCCAGCUCUGAAAGAGAUUGAGCUCAAUGGUGACUGCAAGCCGUAUCCAAUCAUACAAGACAUGGCAGCACAUCCAAACCAUCCUGUUGUCAUACAUAAUGCAAUCCGUGAGGCUCUAAAGUAA